CCCGCUCCCGCCCUGCAGCGGUUUCCCUCGGCCCCGCCUUCCUCUUCACCUUCCUCUUGCUUCCCGGGUGCGCUCCGUCGGAAGCCGCCGGGCCGGACUCCCCGAAGGGACGCGCCACAGCGCCCCGCAUGGGAGCCGAGUCCGGCUUGAUGGAAACCAGUACCGCGAGCCCCCCUCCCCAUUUGCCACUCACUGCGCUCCCCCUUCUGGGUCACGGCCUCUGAUCUCCCCUCCCCGCGCCUAACUUUCUCCCGGCCUUGCGGUGCUGCGCAUCCCUCCGCUCGGCUCCUGGGGCGGGCCAUCCCUCCGUCCUCCCCUUCAUGACUCUUCCCGCGGCUUCUCCUCUGCCCCGCUUGCUUGCCCCAUCCCGCCGUCCACUCCUCUCUCCCCGCCGUCGGUCCGUCCAUCCACCCGGUGCCCUGCCCUCCUCCUCCAUCCCUCCCGUCUCCUCUCCACCCUCCAUCCCGCCCAUCCACUCACCUCUUUUCCUUUGGCCUCCCUCGGCGCAUCCAUCCGGUCUCCGGCUGCCCUGACCCCUCUGGCCAUCCCUCCUGCCACUCCUUUCUUCCUCCGGAGCUGGCUCAUCCCUCCUUCCAGUCCUCUUUCCCCACCCCCACUCCCUCCUCCUCCUCCUCUUCUCCCACUGGGGCUUCUCUGGCUCUCCUCCUCCAUCGCUUGUUCUGCAAGACCGUCCCCUCCCAGCUGCUUGGCUGCUGUUCCUCCCCCCCCCCGCCCAACAAGAACCACCCUUCCCAGUCACUUGGAAACAAACAAACCAAGCAGCCCAAAUACUCCUGCUCUGGAGUGUCACCCCAACACCUCGUGGUUCUGUGAGCUGCGGAGGGCCAGGUGGCUGGAAGGGGGAGCCUUUCUCGGAAUCCGCUGCGGAAGCUGGACCUUCGUUUCUUUGCUUUUGGAGGAAUCCUGGGGCUCCCCCUGCCCUUUGAGGGAUUUUUUUGAAGGAUCAAAUCAGGAGAACCCCAAACUUUUUCAGUGGAAGCCCCUGCUUGGGGCUUGGAAUUGUUUUGGAGAGAAGACAUACUCCCACCCCCCACCCCCACCCCGGCACAGGCAGGAUCCUUAAAAGGCUGUUUUGAUGUUCUCUAUCCAGGAGGGUCUCCCCAGAGGUGGGCUGACCAUGAAGGAAGAGCCUUUGACCGGAGGACUGUCAGCUGUGAGGUCUUGGAUGCACGGCACUGGCAUUCUAGAUGCCAACACUGCAGCUCAAAGUGGCAUUGGACUGGCUCGGGCCCAUUUUGAGAAGCAGCCUCCCUCCAACCUCCGGAAGUCCAACUUCUUCCACUUUGUGCUGGCCAUGUAUGACCGACACGGACAGCCCGUGGAGAUUGAGAGGACGUCCUUCAUUGACUUCGUGGAGAAGGACAGGGAACAAAAUGGUGAGAAAACCAACAAUGGAAUCCACUAUCGGUUACAGUUGUUGUACAGUAAUGGCCUUCGGACAGAGCAGGACCUCUACGUACGGCUCAUUGACUCCAUGUCCAAGCAGGCCAUCAUCUAUGAAGGGCAGGACAAGAACCCGGAGAUGUGCCGUGUGCUGCUGACACACGAAAUCAUGUGCAGCCGUUGCUGUGACAAGAAAAGCUGUGGGAACCGCAAUGAGACCCCCUCCGACCCCGUCAUCAUCGACAGAUUUUUCCUCAAGUUCUUCCUCAAAUGCAACCAGAACUGCCUAAAGAAUGCUGGGAAUCCCAGAGACAUGCGCCGCUUCCAGGUUGUGGUCUCGACGACAGUGAAUGUGGAUGGCCACGUCCUCGCCGUUUCUGAUAACAUGUUUGUCCACAACAACUCCAAGCACGGGCGCCGGGCAAGGAGGCUGGACCCCUCUGAAGCUGCCACCCCAUGCAUCAAAGCCAUCAGUCCCAGCGAAGGCUGGACAACGGGCGGUGCCACCGUCAUCGUCAUCGGGGACAACUUCUUCGACGGGCUGCAGGUGGUCUUUGGCACCAUGCUGGUCUGGAGCGAGCUCAUCACGCCACACGCAAUCCGUGUGCAGACUCCACCUAGGCACAUCCCUGGAGUGGUGGAAGUGACGCUGUCCUACAAAUCAAAGCAGUUCUGCAAAGGUGCACCAGGACGCUUUGUCUACACUGCCUUGAACGAGCCAACCAUUGACUACGGGUUCCAGCGCUUGCAGAAAGUGAUUCCACGGCACCCUGGUGAUCCGGAGCGCUUACCCAAGGAGGUGCUACUGAAGAGAGCGGCUGACCUGGUAGAAGCCUUGUACGGAAUGCCACACAACAACCAGGACAUUAUUCUGAAAAGAGCAGCCGACAUUGCCGAAGCCUUGUACAGCGUCCCGCGCAACCCCAACCAGCUGACCUCGCUGACUGGGAGCCACGCCCAUUCGAGCAUGAUGAGCGUCAACUCCUUUGGGAGCCAGCUGGCUGUCAACAUCAGCGAAUCAGCCCAGGGCUCAGAGCAAGGCUACACGCGUAACACCAGCAGCGUCUCGCCGCGAGGUUACGUCCCCAGCUCCACCCCGCAGCAGAGCAACUACAACACCAUCACGUCCAGCAUGAACGGUUAUGCGGGGGCUGCCAUGACCAGCCUAGGGGUCCCCGGAUCUCCCAGCUUCCUCAAUGGCUCCACGGCCAACUCCCCGUACGCCAUCAUGCCCUCCAGUCCACCCCUGGGAGCCUCGUCCAUUGCCAGCUCCUCCACCCCGGGAGGUGUCUUCUCUUUCUCCCCCGUCAACAUGAUCUCCGCCGUCAAGCAGAAAAGCGCCUUCGCCCCCGUGGUACGGCCGCAAGCGUCCCCGCCCCCCACCUGCACCAGCGCCAACGGGAACAGCCUCCAGGACCAAACCUUUGAGGAUUCGGCAGACAAGUUUCACCCUCCGUCUCGGUCGCUGCAGGGACUGGCUUAUUCCUAAUCACACUUUGUCAGGUCUCAUCGUACCGCCCAUGUGAGCAGGGAAUGCAGGAAGGACUUUUCUGGAAGGAUGGACCAACAGACUGGCACUUACCCAGACCCUUGGACUUGAAAGGCAGGGGCACUGCUUAUGAGACAUGAGUACGCUUUCCUCCCAGCUCAUUCCAACAUGGCCGUGUAAUUAAAGAGAGGCUCCCCCUUCUGGUGGGAGGCUGCAGUGCAGCAAGACAAGAAUUGGGAGGAGAUGUUAAACUCAUCAGCUACCAGGAGAUUCCCAGCCAUAAACUGGGGCGUUUGAGGGGAAUUCAGCACUGCCAUCCUUUCUUUGGGGAGUUCUCCAUCCCGCCACAGCCUCCUGCACCAUUUUUCACAACUUUGGUUAAAGAACCAGAAACAAACUGAUUCCAUCCCUUCUAGUAGAUUUGCUCCCUUGCCAAGAAAGGAUCUUCCCUUAAAAAGGUGUUCUUCAGCCUUAAGCGGAGAGGUCUCUCUUUGGAAACUGGGCCCUGAGUAUCAACCCUGCAAGCCAGGACUCCUGGGUUCUUUUAAAAAUUAUUAUGUUUAUUAAUCCCUUGGGGGUGAGUCGCAGGAAAUGAUUUAGCAAGGAGGUGGUGGUCUUCUCACCACUUCAGGAGACUUCCGUUCCUGGAGGUGCCUCCCCAAAGCAAGCUGGUUUAUAUUAGAUCUCCACCUCGGCCCUUGCCAAAUUGAAGGUUGCUUUCUGACAAGGGGAAACAGUAUCAGUGUUCCAAACAGCGACCCUGUGUUUCUUUUUUAAAUCACCCCACCCCCAUCCCACAGGCUGACUCACAAGCACACACAGUAUAGAUCCUCCAGCAUGAACAAUUCUGGCACUGGAGAUGCUGUCAGCAAAGUUCACAGAGAAGCCUUGUGGAUGCCGCUGUGCAUUCCUCCAUCACGGGCACGUCAUCCAAAAGGUGCGUCGCCAAACAUCACCGUAAGGUAGAGUGCUCUUCACACAUGUGUACCCACAGGUCUGGAGCCAACCGUCGCCCAUCUAGGUAAGCGUGGACUCCAGUGUGGUCAGGACACGUGUGAAGAAUCCUGGUGACACCCCUCUCGUCCAUUCUAAACUUGGCUGCAGGUUCUUCUUCCCAGGCGUUCCAGAUGUUGAAAUGCCCACCCACAAAUCCCCCUGAGAGUGUUUUUCUUCACUCUCUUCCGCCUCUCCCCAUCAGAAGGAACGCCGCUGUGUCCUGCUCCCUGAACCAAAAAGGGCUUAAUGAGCAAAAUCCUUAUUCAUCACAGUUCUCUUAGGGCAGUUGAAUGGCAGGAGCUAUUCACAUGGCCUGCUUUCUGCUCAACUGCAAACGUUUCCAGUGCUGGAGGUUGGGCUGGGGACUCACUGCCGCUCUGCUGUUUGCAAGCAAUAAGUAAAGACAUUGAUCAGAUGGACCACACAAAAGGACCCCACUCAGCCCCAUCUCCCUGGGAACCAGUAGUCCAUGAGUUGGAAAUGGACUGCCUUCAAGUCGAUCCCGACUUAUGGCGACCCUAUGAAUAGGGUUUUCCUGGUAAGCGGUAUUCAGAGGUGGUUUCCCAUUGCCUCUCUGAGGCUGGAGGCAGUGACUGGCCCGAGGUCACCCAGUGAGCUUCAUGGCUGGGUGUGGAUUCAAACCCUGGUCUUCCAGGUCGUAGUCCAACACUCUAACCACUACACUACACUGGCUCCCAGUAGUUCAUGGGAAGCUACUUUAUGCCAAGCAAGGCCAUUAGGCUCAGUAGUGUCUGCGCCAGUGGUUCCCAAAUCUUUUUCCCACUGACCACUUUAAACUUGCCGGGGGUCGUGGCAGACCACGGAAUGAUUUUUCUGCCAUUUUUGUAGCCAUUGUGGUGCACGUGUGCUAGAUGCUGCUUGAUUUUAAACUGUAUUUCAAUUGCUUCUUACGUUGUAUUUUAUCGUAUUACAAGUUGCAUUCCAUAGAAUUCAGACUGUAGUACAAUGAAAUACAACGUGAAGAAAUAAAAAGAAGCAACAUACAGGGAACAACCUAUAUGAAUAUUUAACGUGGACAUGCCGCGGAGGCCUCUGGUGGUCCAUGGACCACAGUUUGGGAAGCCCUGGUCUGAUUGGCCGCUCCUCUCCAGGGUUCACACGGGAUAACUUCCAGCUGUACCUGGAGAUGCCAGGGGUUGAACUCGGAACCUUCUGCAUGCAAAGCGGAUGCUCGCCGGUGAUCCACAGCCGACCACUGAGCCAAGGUAGCACUUAACAUACAUUCAAUCUGUAGCCGUCAGCCCCACCACACAGGAGCGGUUUUUCAAUGAUAACCACAUGGCAAGACACUUGAAGCCAGCCUGAGAGGAGCAAAAAAGUGAUGAAGGAGUAGACAGUACAGUAGGGCCCCACUCAUAUGGCAGGUUAGGUGCCAGACCCCCGCCGAAAAGUGGGACACCGACAAUAAAAUGGCACCCUACACCCAAAAAACGCAGAAGAAGCGGAACAAGCGCCGUAUGAGUGGGGCCCUAAUGUAAUUGAAAGCCGCCGUAUUAGUGGAACGCCAAACGGCGGGGUCCUACUGUCAGAGCUUGGAAAAGUUACUUUUUUGAACUACAACUCCCAUCAGCCCCAGCCAGCAUGACCACUGG